AUGCACCAAACUGAACCACAAACGCAAAUUUCUGAAAAUUCGAACUCCCAGCAAAACUCGAAUGAAGAAUGCAAGGAAUUAGGAUCUUUCCUUCCCGACCCUAAGGACUGCCAUAAGUAUUACGUGUGCGUCGGUGGUUCGGCAAAACAAAGCAUGAAUUGUGGUCCAGGAACAGCAUGGGAUCAAUCCAACACCGUCUGUGAUCACGAAUACCGUGUCAUGUCGUGCAAAAAUUGGAUACUUUCGGUCCACCUGAUUUGCAUGCCACCGAACGGGGACAUAAACUGCAAGAAGAGCUCGCAGUACCACUUUGUUAACGAGUACCUGUACAAGCCGCUCAACCUCGACGAGGCCGAGAGCAAGCCCAACGUCACGCUGCGGUACAGCGAGAGGUACUUCCCGUCCGACAUUUACACGGACGAGCGAGAGAGCGGGGAGUACCGGUCAAGCUCGCCUGUUCGCCGACCGGUGUACGUGGCCCAGCACGCCAUCCCGACGAUCAACAGUAUACCGAGUGGAGGCCGUCCACAGCCCUCGGCUUCGACGCCGCAGUACCGCCUCCCCGUGAACCAGGUGUUCCGCAGUCCCGAGGAGGUCAACAUACCCUUGCAGCAGAGACGACCGCAGAUACAGCCGCCCCAGGCCCUCAGGAGGUUCCCCGGGGUCCGGCCCGAGGAGGAGGACUACUAG